AUGAGCUUUGGCCGGUUGAAGGAAAUACCGGAAGCUAACCGUCCCCAUGGUACCCGUACCGAGUACGCAGGGAUAUAUCAGCCCACUUUCUCCAAGAACCCCAUCCCUCUUCCCGCCGACCGGGUCUUCCUGAGGAGACAGACACUCAACGUUCAUGUCAGCUACGCCCAUGGCACCAUCCAAUCCCGAAUUUGGUUGCCUGACAACUGCAUCCUGGACUUCAACACGCAGCCUCGAGAUGAUCUCGACGCCCACAAUGCCAAAAUUCGCGUCUCCAACAACUACAUUAGCAGUACAUGCGAAACUAUGAGCCCUUGCCUGCUCGCCACUUAA